AUGGCUGGAGCAAUUUUACCUGGGAACAUUUCUGAUGUCAAUUGUGACAUUCCUGAAUUAAAGGGCGAUAACUAUAAGGUGUGGAAAGAAAGAGUGCUUCUGCAAUUGGGAUGGAUGGAUAUCGACUAUGCUAUUCGGAAAGACGAACCACCAGGCAUAACUGAGACUAGCACUCCUGAUGCAGUUGAUCUUUAUGAAAAGUGGGAGCGAUCUAAUCGCCUAUCAGUUAUGUUCAUAAAGACCAAAAUUUGUGCUAGCAUUCGGGGUUUUGUCGAUAAGCAUACUAAGGUUAAAGAUCUCCUUGAUGUCAUUGAUGAGCAGUUUGCAACUUCAGACAAAGCUCUUGCUAGCACCUUAAUUAUGAAGUUUUCAUCCAUGAGGCACAAUGAGUUUAAGUGUGUGCAUGAUUAUAUCAUGCGCAUGAGGGAUAUUGCGGCCCAACUUAAGGAUUUGGAAGUUACCAUGUCUGACUCUUUCCUAGUGCAUUUCAUUUUGUGCACUCUUCCCCCACAAUAUGGUCCUUUUAAGAUCUCUUAUAACACACAUAAGGAUAAAUGGUCAAUUAAUGAACUUAUGACCAUGUGUGUUCAAGAGGAGGGCAGACUGAGGAUGGAAGAGGGCGAAAAGGUGAACCUUACUACUGCUUCUUCUUCAAAGAAGAGAAAGGAUCACAUUGAGGAAAAGGGAAAGGGAAAGAUUACAACUAAGCAAGGCAUAAAGAAGGAGUCUGCGUGUUUCUUUUGUAAAAAGAAGGGACACAUGAAGAAAUACUGCAUUAAGUUUAAGACCUGGCUUGAGAAGAAAAGUAAUUUUCUAGCGUUUGUUUAUGAAUCUAACAUGGUUAAUGUUAAUCAUAAUACAUGGUGGAUUGACUCUGGUACUACAAUUUAUGUUUCGAAUACCUUGCAGGAUUUUGGUUUCAGUAUUCUCAGAAAUUCUGAAGUUAUUGGUUAUAGUAUUCUGUCUGAUGGUUUAUAUCGUCUUUGUCUGCAAAAUGAUAUCGCUUAUAGUUCUAUGCAUGUUAGUACAAGAUUAAAAAGAUGUAUUAUGAAUGAGGACUCCUCUAUUUUGUGGCACCGGAGAUUGGGACACAUCUCCAUUGAGAGAGUAAAGAGAUUGGUAAAGGAUGGGGUACUUGGUACUUUAGACUUUACCGAUUUUGAUACUUGUGUUAGUUGCAUUAAGGGAAAGCAAACUAACAAAUAUAAAAUUGGUGCCAAAAGGAGUUCAAACCUAUUAGAGAUCAUACACACGGAUAUUUGUUGUCCGGACAUGAACGCUAAUGAACCGAAAUACUUUAUCACCUUCAUAGAUGAUUAUUCACGAUAUAUGUGCCUUUACUUACUUCGUUCCAAAGACGAAGCUUUGGAUGCCUUCAAAUUGUUUAAGGCUGAAGUAGAGAAACAAUGUGAUAAGCACAUUAAGAUUGUGAGAUCAGAUAGAGGUGGAGAGUACUACGGUAGAUAUACUGAGAACGGACAAGCACCAGGUCUAUAUGCGAGAUUUCUUCAAGAGCAUGGGAUUGUUGCCCAAUACACCAUGUUUGGUUCUCCGGACCAGAAUGGUGUAGCAGAAAGAAGAAAUCAAACUUUCAUUGGAUAUGCCGAAAGGUCUAAGGGUUAUAGAUUCUAUUGUCCGUCUCAUAGUACCAGGAUUGUGGAAUCAAGAAACGCUAAAUUUCUUGAAAAUGACUUGAUUAGUGGGAGUGAUCAAUUUCGGGACAUUGUUCCUUAA